UUAGCGCAGGCAGGAGACGAAGUGGAUCGACCAGCCCGUCCUUAUAUAUUAUCCAACAUAUACCAGUCAACUGACAAAGCCUUCAUCGGUAUUUCCAUUUUACAUAUGAACUUUCGUUCGUCAAACCGUCUAAGGAACCCAUAUCGCCCAGGUUUCUCUGAAAAGGAAGUAAAACGGGGCUUGGUUACUUCUUCCUCUGAGGGAAGCAGAGUCCAUUCUUUCCACAGGGCGCUGUACAACUCUUCCUUGCAUUUAGUAUUGAUUGUUGGUCGUCCAUUCACUAGGCGGGUGAUAAUGGGCAGUCCCUUUGCUGUACACAGUGAGCCCGCCGUGCCAUGAGUGUAGGGAGGGGAAACUUACGCUAAACUACCAAACAUGCUAAAGGCUUCCCAAAUUCUUGGUGUCAUGGGGAAGUUUUGUUUCUACCAAACAAGCAGCCUCCAUGAAAGUCGCCCGAUAGCGUGGUAUUGAUUCUGUCAUGACUUAACGCUAUUGUUGAAAGAACACAACAAUCCGUACAACGCCGAACGACGACCGGAGGAUCUAUCCUAACCAUGUUCCUCUCACCAUCAACCAUUCACUUUACCCAUUGUGAGGUGGGACAGGGACUUCCUGAUAUUACGAAGGACACAGAUAUGGAAGAAUUGUGUAGGAGACUGCUGAAGAAUGGCGAAUGUCCUAAGCUACAGGUUGCAGAGAAAGACGGACAGUACUUCACCCUCAACAACACUCGGCUGCAAGUGUUUCGGUGGCUGGAGAGUGCUGGCAGGUGUAAAAGGGUUAAAGUGGACCGGGUACCAUUACGGGUGAUCCCGGAGGGUAUUCGGAAGCUGAUGACGGUAGGGGGGAUGAAGGACGGCUUGGAUGAAGGUGAAGGUCGGACGAAGACAAUCACGUAUAAACCAGUGGAACAACGUAAGACAUGUUGGAGUAACGACGACGACGACGACAUGGAGGAUGGCAACGGCAGCGACGACUCGGAUGAAGAGGACUCAGACAGCGACGUAGGUGGGGAAAAUAAUGGCCCCGGGCGCUCUUCCGAUGAACAAUCUGGUGAAGAAGACAGUCUCCUAUAGGUUUCCAUAGUGAUAAAACUUUGACGAUAUUCCUGAACUUCAAACUAUCCAAUCAGCGAGUGUCUAACCGCUUGAGUGGGAUGGAUGUGAUGGCUUUCGGUGAAGGAUGCCCCAGAAAUCCUUAGGUUAAGAUUAACCAAAGAAGAAGCGCUUGGAGAUCCUGGAAAUUAAUCACACAAUCUUAUUCAAAUGAGAAAACAGUUUUAAUGGGACUAAUCCCAUUUGUAUGGAUGUUUUUGUUGCCAAAGCCCCAUACGUGUACAGUUUAGCGCCACUGAUGUCCAUUCUGUGCGUUUUAAUCAUGUUAUAUUGCUUCCUGGAACGGCUACAGAGGGUUGGAGACGAGGGAUUCUAGGCAGAGCCUGGCCAAUCAAUCAUACAGUCAGACUUGGCCUCAGAGACAACAGUCUCACUGUGGAGGCUUGUUUUCAUCAGACUAUACUUGUUGCUGGCAAGGGAACAACCCAGUGGCGUUAAAACAGGCAGAGUAUAUGGAAUGACUGGUUGUGAAGAAAUACAUUUCAGAGUAUGUCAGCAGGUUGAAUCGGAUUUGUUCGAAGACGCUGUUGACAUUUACAUUUGUCAAAAUAUUAUAAUUCCAGUUAGUCAAAUAUGAACGUGUAUAUACCAUAUUAUCAGUAUUUCCUGUAAAUUGACAUUUUGUACAUAAGGACACAGUUGUGUUAUCAUUUCUUUACACUCGCAGAAAUAAAUAUGAAUUAGUGUUGACAUCA